AUGUCAAAAGGAAAAGGAAAGCUAGUCGACACAAGCGCACAACUUGACAACCUACCUUGGGUUGAAAAGUAUCGCCCAAAGUCAUUGAGCGAUCUCGUCUCGCAUGAAGACAUUACCUCUACAAUCGAAACCUUUAUUGAUGCCAAUCGACUUCCUCAUCUCUUGUUUUAUGGUCCUCCGGGUACCGGAAAGACAUCAACGAUUCUUGCAUGUGCACGCAAAUUGUAUGGAGAUCAUUACAAAUCCAUGAUUCUCGAGUUGAAUGCUUCUGAUGAUCGUGGUAUUGAGGUUGUACGUGAACAAAUCAAGAACUUUGCCAGUACUCGUACCAUGUACAGUUCGGGAUUCAAGCUUAUUCUUCUUGAUGAAGCAGAUGCCAUGACUACGCAAGCACAAGCUGCACUACGCAGAGUUAUCGAAAAGUAUACAAAGAAUGUACGGUUCUGUAUUGUGUGUAAUUAUGUCAGUAAGAUUAUUCCGGCCAUCCAGUCGCGUUGUACUCGUUUCCGAUUUGCACCUCUUGAAACUGAACAGAUUGAGAAACGACUUGAGACCAUUGUUGAGGCUGAGGGGAUUAAUUUGACAGAAGAUGGUAAAGGGGCACUCUUGAAACUGUCGAGAGGUGAUAUGCGACGUGCCCUUAAUAUCCUACAGGCAUGCCAUGCUGCGUAUGAGCGGGUGGAUGAGACAGCGAUCUACAACUGCACAGGACACCCUCAUCCAAAUGAUAUCCAUCAGAUUGUUCAUUGGAUGCUUUCAGAAGAAUACACUACUGUUUUCCAAAGGAUUGAGAGUCUAAAGCAAGAUUCCGGACUGGCAUUGCAGGACAUCCUUGAAGAAGUCCACCUUUACUUGAGGGAUGUUGAAUUGCCCUCCAAUUCCAAGGUCUUCUUACUGGAAGCUCUUUCAGACAUUGAGUACCGUCUUGGUGAGGGUGCAAAUGAGACCAUUCAGUUGGGUGCCCUUGUGGGUGCCUUUAAGUUGGGUACAAGCCUGGCGAGUCCUCAAGCAUAG